AUGGGUAAAAUAAAAAAAUUUGAACAUAAACAAAAUAAAUUUGAGUAACAUAUUGAAAAUCUAGAUAAAAAGAUAUAAAAAAAGGAUUAAAAAUUGCAAUAAGUUCCAAAAUUAUAAUAGAAACGAAAUGUAUAAGAAGAAGCUUAAAAAAAAAAGAAUUUAUUUGCUUUAGAUAGUGAUAAUGAAUAAGAAGAAUAAAAAGUUAUUAAAAAUUGGAAAUUUACUCAUAAUGGUUAAGAUUUAUAAGAAGAUUAUAAUGAUUAAAUACCUGUCAGUUCAGAUGAUGAAUUGCCAAAAGGAUUUGUUAAAAAUAAUCAUUUUGUUGGGUUUGAUUAAAAUUAAGAUAAAAGAAAAAGUAAAAAGGAAAUCUAUGAUGAAAUAAUAUAAAAUAGUAAAUAAAGAAAAGCUGAUAAAUAAAAAUUAAAAGAGGGGAAUCAAAUUAAAAUUUUAUAACUUAAUGAAGCUUUACCAUAAAUUUUAGACAUACUACCAAUAAAAUAAUCAAAACCUUAAGCUCCAACAAAAGAAGGUCUAGAUUAUUUUGAAUUAAUGGAAACAUUUAAAGCAGAACCAAAAGUUUAAAUAGAAACAAUUGUAUAAUCAUCAGAGAAGGAUUAAACUAAUUAUAUGAGAUAGAAGAGAGAGGAAGCAAAAAAGAAAAAGAUUGAAGAAAACCGUAAAGAAAUUGAGAGAGAUUCAGAAGAUGAAGAUGAAGAGGAAAUAGAAAAUGAUGAUUGUGUAAGUAAGUAAUUUAAAAAUGCUAAAGAAAAAAAAAUGCUUAAAUCAUAUAAAAAAGUAGAACAUUUAUCAAAAGUGAUGGAACAUUUAAGAAAUGUUUAAAACAAAAAGAAAACAAAAUUAGUAAAUAAAAUAGAAAAACAGAAUAAUGAAGAUGAGAAUGAAGAAGAUGAAGAAGAAGAUUUAAAUGAAAUAUUAUCAGAUGAAGAUGAUAGUGAAGAUUAUGAAAAUGAAGAUAAUGAUAAUGAAGAUGAAGAUGAUGAAGAUGAUGAAGAUGAUGAUGAAAAUGAAGGAGAGGAAAAUGAUGAUGAAGAUGAUGAAGAUGAUGAUGAAAAUGAUUAAGAUGAUGAUGAUGACGAAAAUAACGAAAAUGAUGAAGAAGAUGAAGAAAUUGGUUAAAGUGAAUCUGAAAUCAAACCUGCUAAGUAAAGGAAUGAAAAAAAAAAUAAACCAAAAAGAAUUAAUAAAUGAUUAUGCUGUUUUAUAUGAAUG